AAGUCAGUUUUAUCGCGUUCUUCAUCUGAUCACUGAGCAUAAACUUAAACUUCUUUUUAUUAUAUCUAUACAUAUAUUUAAAAAUUGAAUUUAAAAGUUCAGUAAAAGUAAUAAAAUUGUUGUAGUAGAAAAAUAUAUUUAGUGUAAAAAUAUAGUGCCAUGUGAUAGAUUCAAUUAGUAGUAAAAAAUAUAAAAAAUGCAUCAAAACUCAAUAUUUUUAAAAGUUAUUUAAGAAAUUAUGUCAAAAUUAAAAGCAAGGAAAAUUCAAAAAAUAUUUCUUAAACAUGUGAAUUCAUUUGUUUAAAGUGAUACAUAAAUUACUUACAGGAUAUUACAGGAUAUUAUGUAUGCUUGGUUUUUUUCUCUGAAAAGGAUAAUGGUAUAACAUACAUAAUCGCAUAACAGAAUAAUAAUAUAACGGCACGAAGUAGAAUAAUUAUUAGUUAAUAAUGCAAGGCACUAACAAUCCAUGUUAUGAAAAUGAGGCUAGUAGAAUUAAUUCGUCUGGUGUUUCUGACUUAUCCGUCUUACCGGAUCAUUUCGUGGAUGGACCAAAGGAGCUGGAGAUCAAGUCUAAUGUGGAGGAUCACGAUUUAGAUUUUAAAAAACAUAAAUUAAAAUGUGGCUGGUUAUGGUUUCGACCGUAUUAUUUACAAAAAUAUCGAACUGCAAAAUGGGCACUUUUUUGGUUAUGCUGGGCUGGAGCAAUUCAAGGAUUGGUGGUCAAUGGAUUAAUAAAUGUUGUAAUUACAACAAUCGAAAGGAGAUUUGGUCUGAGUUCAUCUCAAACUGGUCUAAUCGCUGGAGGCUAUGAUAUUGCUAGUUUUUUUUUAUUAAUUCCAAUUAGUUAUUUAGGAGGGCGAACAAUAUCAUCAAAACCUAGAUACAUAGGAGUGGGUGUCCUAGUCUUAGGUUUAGGAGCUUUACUUUUUGCUUCUCCUCACUAUUUUGCUGGUCCUUAUCGAGGAGGACAUCAAAUAACAAACACGUGCCAUAGAGUAAACAAUUCUCAUUCGGUUUCCUGCAAUGAAUCACAAGAAGAUUUAGAGUUGGAACCUUCUAGUGGUGUGUACUUAUUAAUUUUUUUUGUUGCACAACUCUUACAUGGUGCAGGUGCAGUUCCAUUUUUUACACUUGGUGUCACAUAUUUGGAUGAAAAUGUCUCAAAAAAAAUGUCUUCCGUUUAUUUAGGUAUUUAUUAUACAAUGGCUGUGAUUGGACCAGCUUUAGGUUACGUUAUAGGUGGUGAACUAUUAAAACUUUAUACUGAUUUUUUAAUCGUUGAUGUUUCCACAAUCGGAUUGACUCCAUACAGUAAUGUAUGGGUUGGAGCAUGGUGGAUUGGAUUUUUAGCUUGCGCAAUCGUCUGCUUUGUAAUAGCGAUUCCACUUUUAGCCUUCCCGGCAGUUUUACCUGGUUCUGAAGAAUUAUCAAAAGAUAAAAUUUCCGAAGCUCAUGAGACGUCAAAGAAUUCAAUAAAUGCCAGCGAGGCUUUUUCAAAAAUUCAUGAUCUGACACGGGCAUUGCAAGAUUUAUUGAGGAAUCCCGCAUUUUUCAUGUUAAAUUUGGCAGGAGCCAGUGAAGGCUUUCUUAUAGCUGGAUUUGCGUCUUUUCUCCCUAAACUAAUAGAAAAUCAAUUUAGCGUUAAUGUCAGCACUGCCGCACUGCUUAUGGGAUUCGUAACUGUUCCUGCCGGUGGAGGUGGAACAUUUCUCGGAGGAUAUUUGAUAAAACGAUGGAAUCUUUCAUGUUUGGAAAUCUUAAAAUUUUGCAUAAUUUGCACUGCUGUUUGUCUAAUUUUUACAUUUGCUUUUGUUUUGAGUUGUCCCAAUUUGGAUUUUGCUGGACUCACAAUUCCCUAUAGCAAUCAAGUUAGAGAUAGUAUGACGUUAGAAAGUUCUUGCAAUACAGAUUGUGGAUGCAUUUCAUCUCAAUUUAAUCCCAUUUGCGGAAUUAAUGGGGUCACAUAUUUUUCACCCUGUUAUGCUGGAUGUAAUCAAGAAAUAGAAUUAAACGAUUUAAAGGUCUAUUCGGAGUGUAAAUGCAUUUCUUCGUCGUCAUUAAACAUGACAUCAGUAUUAAAUGAGAAAGUGAUGUCUUAUUCAGCAAUUAAUAUAAAAUGUAACACUUCCUGUUGGUACAUUUAUUUAUUUAUGGCCCUCUCUUUUUGCAAUAUGUUUUUGACCUUUCUUUGUACAAUGCCUGCAUUGUCGGGCACACUUCGAGUCGUGCGUGACGAGCAAAAAUCAUUUGCCCUUGGAAUACAAUUGCUCAAAGUACGAAUUUUGGGAACAAUUCCUGCACCAAUUAUUUUUGGAACUCUCAUUGACGAAGCUUGCAUACUUUGGCAGGAUACAACCGAGGGCAAAGGCGCAUGUCUUGUUUAUGAUAAUUUUUAUCUUAGUCGAUAUAUGUUUGCAUUAUCAUUUAUUGGGAAAGUGGCUUCUUUGGCAUUUUUUUUCUUUGCUUGGAAAUUUUAUAAACCGCCAAAUGAUGUAAAUGCUAAAAAUUGUCAAUAUCCUGUCGCCACAGUGAUUGUAAAUAAUAAUCAGUCAGGACAAAUGCAACUUAAUGAAGCUUCGGUACAUCAAUGAUAUUUAUUUCUACACUGAGAAAAAAAUUUUUUAUAUUAUAAAUAUGAUUUUUCAAUAAGAUGUUAAUUUUACUCCUAUAUAUGCUUAAUAACUUUAAAAAUAUUGUUGAAAAAUUCUCUAAACUUUGUAUAUAUUUAUUGAAUAAAAACGAAAAAAACA